GCAGGCACCAUAAUACACCUUCUGCCAUUCUAGAUAAAUUUUCAGGAGGUAUCUUACUGUCCUCCAAACUACAGAUCUUGCAUUUCCAGCUUUAUGAUAGCAUCACUGGCAGAUUUCAGGGAUAGGAGGAUGACUGGAAACAACCAAACUUUCAUCUUGGAGUUCCUCCUCCUUGGCCUUCCCAUCCCCUCAGAGUACCAGCUGUUGUUCAAUGCCCUGUUCUUAGCUAUGUACCUCACCACCCUCCUGGGAAACCUGUUAAUCAUUCUCCUUGUUCGACUGGACUCCCAUCUCCACAUGCCCAUGUACUUGUUUCUCAGCAAUUUGUCCUUCUCUGAUCUCUGCUUUUCCUCUGUCACAAUACCUAAAUUGCUUCAGAACAUGCAGAGCCAAGUACCAACGAUAUCCUAUGCAGAUUGCCUGACACAGCUGUACUUCUUUCUGGUUUUUGGAGACAUGGAGAGCUUUCUUCUUGUGGCCAUGGCCUAUGAUCGUUAUGUGGCCAUCUGCUUCCCUUUACAUUAUACCAGCAUCAUGAGCACCAAGCUCUGUGUUUCACUAGUGCUACUACUGUGGAUGUUGACUAUAUUCCAUGCCCUGCUGCAUACCCUACUCACAGCUAGAUUAUCUUUCUGUAAGAAGAAUGUGAUUCUGCAUUUUUUCUGUGACCUACCAGCUCUUCUGAAGUUGUCCUGCUCAGACACUUUUGUUAAUGAGUUGAUGAUAUUUAUCCUGGGAGGGAUCAUCAGUAUUAUUCCAUUCCUACUCAUUGGUAUGUCCUAUGUAAGGAUUUUCUUCUCCAUUCUCAAGGUCCCAUCUACCCAGGGCAUUCACAAGGUCUUCUCCACCUGUGGCUCCCAUCUGUCUGUGGUGUCUCUGUUCUAUGGGACAAUUAUUGGUCUAUAUUUAUGCCCAUCAGCUAAUAAUUCUACUGUGAAGAAAACUGCCAUGGCUUUGAUGUAUACAUUGGUGACUCCCAUGCUCAACCCCUUCAUCUACAGCCUUAGGAACAGAGACAUAAAGAGGGCCCUAAUAAGAGUUAUUAGCAGUAAGAAAAUCUCUUUGUAA